AUGGGCGCCUAUCUCUAUGGGCGCAUAUCUCUAUGGGCGCCUAUCUCUACGGGCGCCUAUCUCUAUGUGCGCCUAUCUCUAGGGGCGCCUAUCUCUAGUGGCGCCUAUCACUAUGGGCGCCUACCUCUAGAGGCGCCUAUCUCUAUGGGCGCCUAUCUCUAUGGGCGCCUAUCUCUAUGGGCGCCUAUCUCUAUGGCGGCGCCUAUCUCUAUGGGCGCCUAUCUCUAUGGGCGCCUAUCUCUAUGGGCGCCUAUCUCUAGGGGCGCCUAUCUCUAUGGGCGCCUAUCUCUAUGGGCGCCUAUCUCUAGGGGCGCCUAUCUCUAUGGGCGCCUAUCUCUAUGGGCGCCUAUCUCUUUGGGCGCCUAUCUCUAUGGGCGCCUAUCUCUAGGGGCGCCUAUCUCUAGUGGCGCCUAUCUCUAUGGGCACCUAUCUCUAGGGGCGCCUAUCUCUAUGGGCGCCUUUCUCUAUGGGCGCCUAUCUCUAUGGGCGCCUAUCUCUAUGGGCGCCUAUCUUUAG